AUUUUAAACUUCAUGAAAACUUGAUAUGUAGGUGUCGAAAAAAUAAACGGACUACGUUACUCCAGCAGGAUCUUCUUGUUUAGAUUUUGAAGUUUAUUUUGUAAUAAACAUGAACUGCGACUUAAUGUAGCAAUUUUAGAAGCCCGGUGGUUUUGGAUAGUACGUUACCCUCCACAACUCGUGUUUCAGAGGUUGGGACUACUUCAGGCUCGUCUUUAGGACAUUAAUGUUGAAAAACAGUAGCCGGAGCAGAUUUGUCAUACACUUCUAAUAUUACUUAGAAACCGAAAAUUCCCUACUUAUGACUCGUGACUCUAACCCUCAGUCCUCCACUAACGAACGUCUUCAAAGUAUAGACACAUCCAAAUGCAAUUUCUUUACACAGUUUCCUUUGUCUAAAGAAACAUUGAAGGGGUUAAAAUUGUCAGGUUACACAAAGCCUACUGCAAUUCAAAAGCUAGUCUUAAAACCUGCCCUUCUUGGACAAGAUGUGGUUGCUGAAGCACCUACUGGUAGUGGCAAGACGAUUGCUUUUGCAAUCCCUGUGCUUGAACUUCUUCAUCAAAGCAAAGUUUCCAUGUUUGAUGGUCCAGUCGCCAUAAUUUUAACACCAACUCGCGAAUUAUCAAGACAGAUUUUCAGCGUAUUUGCCAAAAUUGCUCGUGAACACCACUUCACUAUGAUGAACAUUAUGGGCGGCAAAGUCUCGGCUUUAAAAAAUCAAGAAUGGAAUAGUAUAUCACGAGCAAAUAUUCUAAUUGGAACUCCUGGUCGAAUGGCUCAACAUCAAACAGAAAAUUCUCUUCUUGAUAUGUCUAAUUUAAAAUUACUUAUAUUAGAUGAAGCUGAUAGAUUAUUAGAUCCAACAUUUCGUGAUGAUUUAGAAGUGAUUCUUCAAAAUUUAACUCCUGAUCGACAAACUUUAUUGUUUUCAGCCACUUUAACAAAGGCUACAGAUCAACUUAUUCGUCUUAGUAUGCGUAAUCCAAUAACUGUAUCAGUCAAUAAUAAUAUUAACAAUACCAAUAAUAAUACAACUUUAUCAAAUGAAUUACACACACCAUCUGAACUACUUCAAUAUUAUGCCAUAGUUCCAUUAGAACAAAAGUUGGAUACAUUGUGGACAUUUCUACAAAGUCAUUGUAAGAAGAAGAUCAUUGUGUUUUUUUCAACACAAAAACAGGUUCGAUAUGCAUAUGAAUUAUUUCAAUUGCUUAGACCAUAUUUUAAAAUUUUACAACUUCGUGGUAAUAUGAAUCAACAAAAACGUUUUCAAGUUUAUGAUCGCUUUGCUAAUUCUCCACAUGGUUCCGUUCUGUUAGCUACUAAUUUAGCUGAACGAGGUUUAGAUUUUCCAAAUGUCCAUUGGGUUGUACAAUUUGAUUGUCCGCAUUUUACUGAAGAUUAUGUACAUCGUAUUGGUCGAACUGGACGAAAUGGACAAAUAGGUCGAUCAAUUUUAUUUCUAUUACCAUCUGAGCAAAAUUUAAUUCAUAUACUUGCUAAACAUUCUGUUGUAUUAAAAUUAGUAAAAUUUCCUGAAUCAAAGUUACAACGAAGAGUUUCUAAAGAAUCAUCAAGUUUAUUAGCACGUAAACUGGAAUUAACUCAAUCAGCACGAUUAGCAUUCACUGCUUAUCUACGCGAUUAUUGUUUAAUGGCUAGACGAAAUCCAACUAAACAAAAACAACAACAACAACAAUCUAAUGAAUUAUUGAAUGUGUUCAAUGCAAAAGAUCUACCUGUAGAAAAAUUUGCUAAUUCACUUGGUUUACCAUUCAUAUCAUCACUUCCAAAAGAAUACAUUCAACUUGUUCCAGAUUCAGUUAAAUUGAUUAAAUCUUUCCCAUCAGUUAUAUCAAAUUUAUCUGAUGAUAAUGUCAAUCAAUUAUCGACUACUACUGCUACUACUGAUAACGUGUUCAGUUCAAUGAAGAUGGAUUUACCUCAUUCAACACAGUUGAUAACAUCAAACACUGAUAAUAAUGUUGAUGAAAAUGAUAUUAAUAUGGAUAGUGAUGAUAAUUUAUUGAUUAAAAAAUCUUCAAUCAAUGUUAUCCCGAAUGAAACUAAAUUAAAACGUCUAGAUCUUGUUCAAGAUACAAGUACAGAUGAUGAUACAAUAGAAGAUGAUCAACAUAGUAGGAAAUCUGUAAAUAAAUUGAAAAAAUUAAGUCGUAUUCAAUUAGCAAAGAAAGAAUUAAAACAAAAGAUUCGGUCUCAUCGAAAAUUAGAAUUCGACGAUGAAGGUCAUGUAAUAUGCGAGAAAAUCGGUGAUAUCCCUGUUGCUAAACCUCCAAUACCUAUUGAUAAUCAAAUUGAGACAACAAUUACAUCAAAUGAAACAUUAAACAUUGAUCAAGAACGUCGUUUAUUACAUGAAAUUAUAGAUAAAGAAGAUAAGAAAUUAUGGAGACAACGUAUUCGUCAACGUCAUCAAGCUGAACGUAAAAAGCUAAAAGAGGAAAGAAAAAAAUUAUCACAAUCGAAUGGUCCAAAAAUUUCGUUGAAAGAAAAUUCAUCAGAUUCAAAUAUUGAAGAUGAAUCAGAUUAAUUUAAUUAAAUGACAAGUUGAUUGUACUCCAAAUCCAAUUUAUGUAAAAAAAGAAGAAUUACAAAGACAAUCUCUAUUUACCAAUCCAUCCAAAGAAGAAAAACACUGAUCAAUGAUAAAUGGGUUAACAUUUUUUUGACAUUUGUCAAUAUUGUAAAUAAAUUUAUGAACAGAAAAAAAGUGGGUGUUUUUUGUUUGUUUUCUUCUAUUCACAAUGAAUAGUAACUAGGUGAAAUGAGUAUCUUGAAGACUUUCUAGUUUAAACUGUAGGUUAUGAACAAAAAUCGAUAAAAGCGCCAUAGAAACUGUUUUACCUGGAUAGUAUUGGAAGGUGAUCUGUUUGAAUAUCUGGGCCCAUUGUUCCUGUCAUCUAAAGAUUUCAACAAGUUAUCUGUUUUCUUGUUUGUUUUUAACAGGUUAUUAUGUUUAUUAGUUUCAUAACCUAUUCAGUUGGGUUUGUGAAAUUUCGCACAACGUUUCGUUGUACAAGUUAGAGAAUAGCACAAUCAGAGUCAUUGUUUUAACUGGUGAUAUGCAUUGAAAAGAAUACACAUUCUUGACAUGUCGAUUCGUGAACUGCUGAUAUCUAAUUAGCGACCACUCAAUAUUUACCGUCUAGAUCGAUCAAGAAAUAAGAAACGGAAACCUGUUGUAAUACCUCGUGCUGAGAAAUCUAUAUUAUACCACCAAUCGGUUCAUGAUUUCCAUGACAUACAUAUAUAAACUGUUUACAAACCUCAACUCAUGAGGAUAAAUGUGUCAGUAUGUCUAGAACCAGAAUGGCUUCUUGUAAUGAUUACUUAAAGUUUGGUUACAACACACGAUAAUGUAAAUAACAGCUAGUGGCCGUGUCUAAUAUCAAUAAUAAUUAUAAAUAACUGAACUAGGAACUAACAGCAUCAGUCAGUCAGUAACAACGUAGA